AUGGCGCCUAAAGUUGCGUGCAGAGGUGGCAGUUGCUGCUGGAGUAGCACAGAAGCUGGCGGGAGGCUGACUGAUGUAUUCAGUAGCGUAAUGACGGGCUCUGGCUCAUUGUAUGGUUGCUACAAAUCACAGAAUGAAGAAAAUGUAGACCUACCUCAGACCUACAGUUCUUCCCUUUCAACAUCAGAGUACUCUGCACCUGCGGACCCUUCCCUUUUAUAUGCACCGUGGUCUGUGUAUGGAGAUGACAAUAAGCAGUCUGCCACUUCCCAGAUUAAUAUGAAGUCCAGAAUUCAGACUGAAAGGAAUGAUUAUGGCAGUGAAACAGAUUUAUAUGGUCUAGUGUCUAACAUCUUGGAAGAACAAGAUAAAUCGCAGCCAUAUUGUGCUGAGGGGAGUUGCUCUUCCAGCUUAAAGUCAGUAUGGCCCAUGAAUGCAACCAGAAUCGCAGACCACCAUGACUUGUCAGAAACUAAAAGACCAGUUGUUGCAGCUGUCUCGCAACAGGGUUUUUAUAGUAGUGAAUCCACAUCUGCUGCUGAAAAACAGUACUUGCAAAGUGGUAAUCUUGCAUCACAACAAAAAGUAGAUGAAUGUUAUCAUGGGUUUACUGGUAUAGACCUUGAAGAGCAAUGGUUAUACCUCCUAAAAAAUGAGCAUGUCAACUGUUGCAACAUGCAGACUAACGAGAAUAUUAAGACAACACCCAUAUAUCAGAACUAUCCAUAUAUAAAGAACACCUUUACACCUCAAGUUGGGUACUUAGAAGUAAUUAAAGACUCAGGAGCUGAUGCUUACUGCUACGGAAGAGAGAAGGUCUGUCCCAAAGGAGCAGAUAUGCAGUUGCACCAAAAACGGGCAGAAACAUUUCUUCCACAGUUUCACAGAUACAACGAAAGUAUGGAUUAUAGUAGAUACACUGAGUACUGUCAUUCUAGUAAAGCAAAGCCUAACAAGAGCACCAAUUGUAGCCUCCAAGAAAAUAAGAAGUUAGUAAAUGGAACAACUGAGGCAUCAUUUCUGGACACAGAACCCUAUACUAAAUUAUUUCAAGUUAAAUCAGGUACUCAGAAAAAAAUAGAAGAUACAAUUCCAGAUCAGCAAAACUUUACAUUUCCCAAGGCUGCAGGACUUCUAUCAGAAAAACAGUUUUUCAAUGAGCCUUCAUUCUGCACUGAUCUGGGACAAAAAUUUGACUAUGGACUAAAAUCUCUUGCAGCUUGUCCAGGAAAUAGUGACUGUGCAAAUGGUGUAGAUAAGCAGCAGUUUUCCAGGUCUGAUCUUCAGAAUUCUGAAUACUGUAAAUCAAUUCCUUUACUACCAAACUCAGCAAACACUUCAGCAGGUACUAAUAUAAGGCCAACUUGGAUGAAUGUUCAAAGUAGAACCACUGCUUCUGUCCCAUUUCAGAGCCCAAGUCCUUCGGUGAAACUGAAUAAUCAUUUAUCUGCUUUUCCAAAAAAUUUCAGUCAUCCUAAUGAUUCUUUUCCGUUAUCAUCUUCAAACUUCCCUUUAAAUAGUAAUUUAUUUCAUAAGUACUGUCAAGAUAAUCCUUCGUUUUUUUCAAGUCUUGAUUUUGGUUAUAACGCUUCAGAACGAGCUCAGUCUGGUUCUUAUGUGGAAGCACUGGUAAAGUCUGGAGAAGAGAAUCUCACUGACUACCUGAGUGACAAGAAAUUAAAGCAGUCAAAUGGAUUCUGUGAAAAUUACUCAGCUCCGCAGUUUGGGAUCAUUGAAAAUCUGAACAAACCCUGUUUUCAGUUGAAGCCACAGAGUGGACAUUACGAUCUGGAAGGACAAAAACAUGCAGGCAGUUUGUUGCAGAACAUGUACCAAGGUUCAGUGGAGUCUCAGGGGCAGUUUAGUCUCAGGCAGGGAAGCGGAGAUGGUAAUGCUAUCAACCAUGUGACUCGCCUACAGGCCUCCAGCUUUCCCAACAAUUGCAUGAUGGGUGACUUGAGACGUAAUCCGCAGCUUGGUUCAAGCGCAUUCCCCUUGAGAUCAGCUCGUCCAUUUGGCCAUUCAGUUGUCCCUCUGAUGGAGUCUUACGACUUGUUCUCCGGUGAUGAUUUAAACCGCUUCUAUCCUUACUUUAAUGAUAUGACGUAUGGAGACAGCUCUUUUUCUGGUUUUGUACCAGCAUUUGGAUUUCAAAGGCAAGUUAAAACCCGUUGUGGGCCUGCCAGUGAGCUCCAUCUCAGACUAGAAGAGUGUUAUGAACAGUGGAGAGCUUUGGAAAAAGAAAGAAAGAAGACUGAAUCAGCUCUUGCUAAGAAUUACCCAGGGAAAAAAGUUUCCAGUACUAACAACACCCCAAUUCCAAGGCUGACAUCAAACCCAUCAAGAGUUGAUCGCUUAAUUGUGGAUCAGCUACGUGAACAAGCCAGAGUUGUGACUUUGCUGGGAAAAAUGGAGCGCCUUCGCAGUUCUCCUCUUCAUGCUAACAUUUCUACUGCUCUUGAUAAACAUCUGGAGGUAAUUCAUGUAGUGCAGUCACGUAGAAAAGAUGAAAUUGUAAAUGCUUCGAAUCGACAGAGGCAAGGAGCUCCCAGAUGCCAAGAUGACAGAGAUGUUUUUGCUCUUGCUCUGGCAAUUAAAGAGAUGAGUGUAGCAACACGUAAAGCACGUACAACUCUCUGGUGCGCGCUCCAGAUGACCCUACCGAAACCUUCAGCUGGACAACUAGUUAUGGAGGAAGCUCUGCGGGAGAUGGUACAAGCUGAAGAAAAAGUGCAUGAAAAUCUGAACGGCUGUGGCAUCCUAAAUCAGAGGGCUGAAAUAAGCAAGCACUAA